UAGACGGCGUCGACACCAAGAAGUCGGUAGGAGAUGAAGAAGGCCGGGGCCUUGGCCGCCUCCGUCGCGGCAGCCUCUUCCAUCGCCCUCUCAGCCGCCAGCCUCCCCUCCCCCUCCUCGUCGUCCGAGGAGGGAUCGGGAACGUCGAGGCAGAAUCGCGCCGCCGGAACGGGAUCGGGAAGGGGAGGGGAAGACAAAUUCGCGCCGAGGUUCGACGGACUCAGAUUCAUCGAGACGCUGGUGACGGCGCAUCGCUGACCAAAUGAAAAGCUCGCCUUUGCCUUUGUGCUGCUUCCUUCCCUUCCAACGUUAACAAAGCAUGGGCUUGGAAUGACACGCACGCUGCGGUGGCAAUCUGAAAGAGCGAUCCAUUCAUCAUUCUGUCAAUUGAUGGCCAUGAACACCAUUUUCUAGGCUUUCUUACGGGUGUGCCGAAAAUAUUAUCCUCAUUCGUUGGCAUAAGGGGAAUAAGCGUUGUGGGUGGGCAUCUACAAUAACUCGAGCUUGAAAAGUUUCCAUUUAGAGACACCUUUUUCCUUUCCUGUGUCACGCCAUACACAAACCAUGCAAGAUGUGUAACACAAGCCAAAGCACGUUUUUGUAAGAAAAGGCGUGAUUUAGGCACAGCAACUACUUGAUGUGACACAAUAAUUCUGCGUAAGAGAACCAUAGCUGCGAC